AGUAUGCAACGCUAUAAGGAUGGUUUCAAUUCCGCCUUAUCAAGUCUCGCAUCCGAUUGGUCCGAAGCGUCUCGGAGAUCGCCGAUGGCCGCCGCACCGACACUUAGCAUGGAGACUCUUCCCCCUAGUCUCACUUCUGCUUCGGAACCGCCUGCGAUCUUUGAUGGCACCACCAGGUUGUAUAUAGCUUAUAUAUGUCCAUAUGCGCAACGCACCUGGAUAGCUAGAAACUAUAAGGGAUUGCAGGAAAAGAUCGAAUUGGUGCCCAUCGAUCUGCAAAAUCGACCGGCAUGGUACAAGGAGAAAAUUUACCCUGCAAAUAAGGUACCUUCUUUGGAGCAUAAUAACGAGGUCAGAGGAGAGAGUCUCGACUUGGUUAAAUAUAUUGACUCCCAUUUCGAAGGGCCUGCAUUGAUGCCUGAUGAUCCUGCAAAGCAGCAGUUUGCGGAGGAGCUGCUGUUGUACAGUGAUUCCUUUAAUAUGGUUAUGUACAAAGCAAUGCCUGCUAAGGGGAAUGUCAGUGAUGAAGUUGAUGUUGCUUUAAACAAAAUAGAAGAUGCUUUUUCGAAGUUUAGUGAUGGACCCUUCUUGCUUGGAAAAUUUAGUCUGGUGGACAUUGCAUAUGCUCCAUUCAUUGAUAGAUUCCAGACUUUCUUUUUGGAUGUGAAGAAUUAUGAUAUCACCAAAGGCAGGCCUAAUCUGUCAUCAUGGAUCGAGGAGUUGAACAAGAUUGAUGCUUACUCGCAAACCCGAAUAGAUCCUCAAGAGCUGCUGGCUGCGACCAAGAAGCGGUUUGGGAUUGCCUGAAGAAUCAUCUACAUAAUCAUCAGGUAUUAUAAUAAGGCAGACUUCGAAAUUUGUGGAGAUGCGUUUUCUUGAGAUUUGAAAUGAAUUUUAUUUAUGAUCAAGAAGCUAAAAUAAGAAAAAUGUGAGAUUGGUCCAGUGGCUGGAUUCAACUACUCUUUUGGAUGCAAUGACUUCAUAUUGGGUUGGACUGUGUUAGUAAUGCAAUGUAUUCUCUUAAGCUCCAACAUUGUCUCUGGAUUGGAAAUAAUUGAACGUGUUUGAGAUAUAUUAUCAUGGAAUUUAACUUUUCUGCUCA